UCUUUAAUUGUCACUUGAGCUGGGAGACGUUUUUUUGUGGUUCCCCGAUCUCCCAUGAGCGCUGGGACUCUGCGCGGUGUGAUAUAAGGGGGUGUUUAAGCUGUAAGAGGAGGCGUGGUGAAGGGUGAUGAAGUGGUGGAGGUGGGCUGAGUUCAGCGUAAAAUCUGCACUUCUUUUUGGUCGCUCCUCCUCUUCCUCAAGGCUCAUCAGGCUGCAGCGUGGACCGGGAAACCGCUCGAACAGCAGCACCGUGAUGGCCGAAGAGGCAAAGAAACUGGCCGCCUGCGCAGCUGUGGACAAUCACAUACAGAACAACCAGGUGGUCGGAGUGGGAAGUGGCUCCACCAUAGUCUAUGCUGUGGACAGACUGGCUGAGCGAGUGCGGCAGGAGAAGUUAAACAUUGUGUGCGUUCCUACCUCGUUUCAGGCUCGUCAGCUGAUUCUGCAGCAUGGCCUGUCGCUUUCAGAUUUAGACAGGCACCCAGAUCUGGACGUAGCGAUCGACGGUGCUGACGAGGUGGAUGAUUCACUUACUCUUAUCAAAGGAGGAGGGGGAUGCUUGACUCAGGAGAAAAUUGUAGCCGGCUGUGCCAAACACUUCAUCGUCAUUGCUGACUACAGGAAGGACUCGAAGGUGCUGGGACAGCAGUGGAAGAAAGGUGUGCCGGUGGAAGUGGUCCCAAUGGCGUACGUGCCUGUGUCCAGGGCCAUCACUCGGCGCUUUGGUGGAGAAGCUGUGCUGAGGAUGGCUGUCAGUAAAGCGGGUCCUGUGGUGACUGAUAACAGCAACUUCAUCCUCGACUGGAAGUUUGAGCAGGCACAGAACUGGAAAGAGGUGAACACUGCUGUCAAAAUGAUCCCAGGUGUUGUGGAGACUGGCCUGUUUGUAGGAAUGGCUGAGAAAGUUUACUUUGGAAUGGAAGAUGGGAGUGUGAAGGUCAGAGAUGCGCCAGUGAACUGAAGAAACUCAAAAAACAGAAAGCUCUGCCCUUUCCUGUCCUUGAUGCCUCAAGUGCCAGUGCAGUGGAUACACACACACACACACACACACACACACACACACACACACACACCUCUUUGUGUUGUCACUAGGAGUAGCAAAAGCCCCAGCUGUCUAAGCGGUACACCACUAAAACAUUCCUUAUAAUCUCAUGCAGGUUUGUUUGUGUGUUCAGAGAAAUUAUACACAGAUCCUUCAUGUAGGUUUAGAGACUGUAUACAUUUUUGUUUGUUAUAUUGUUAUUUGUCACAGUCUGAGUAAAACGAUUGAAUCAUCCUGGCCCACAUACACGAUAUCGUGCAACUCGACAGAUUAAGCACAGAAUAACUAAAUGACCGUUAUACGUUCGAGAUGCUGGAGAAUGCCUAGUUUGCAUUUUCUUGCACACUGAUCUCUGUGCCUCACGCCUCGUAUCAGUCAUUUUUGUCAACGUUGAUGCCUUAUUUCAAAUGUACUUUUUCAGUUCAACCCUCACCUAACAGGUUAUAUAUGAAUAAUCCAGAAUAAUCUAGCAUUGCAGGUAAAUAUUAUUUAAUACAUAUUUAAUGGUAUGAUUAAACCAACUUGCAUGUAUUUGUUCCAAACAGAUUUAUCUGUUUUAAUCUAAACCACAUACCAGCUUUUGGGUUUUAUUUGUAUAUUUCAUAUAUAUAAUUAUAUAAUGUGUAUGUGUGCCUGUAGACUUUGGUAGCAUCAGGGAUUCCAAGUGCGAUCUACCAAACUGUCUCACACUCUCGCGCCUUAUCUUACACGCAUAUGUGAUAUAAAAAUAUAUAAUUAUUUCUUAUCUGGAAUGGGCAUUAUAAAUUUGCAUAACAAGAUUUUACACACCAGCUUUUUUUUUUUUUUACCUCUGUUACCAACAUUAUUGAUAUAGGUUAUAGGGGUUGUAGGUUUUGAUAUUUGUUUGUUGUUGUUGCGACCAAAUUCCUACAUUGUUUUGCUUCUGAAUGAAGAUGAAAUAUAAUAAAAGAGGACUGUUGAACCGAA